CCGGGGACUGGGGCUGCGCGGGUGCAGCUCGCCCCACGAGCGUGAGAUUCCGCCUUCCCCCGGGCCCGGCGCCUACGGCUACUGCUGCUGCUGCCGCCCCGCGAAGCAGCAUCUCUCCAGUGCGGAGCCGGGCGGCUUCGCCUUUUCCUUCAGCUAUUUGCAGCUCGUCAUUUCCGCCAGGCUCCCGGCCGUGCUGGAGAAAGAGACAAGCGUGGAGCUGCCCUGGAGGCAGGGGAGACAGAGGCUGAGCCCCAGCCCCGCGGCCGCCUGAUUAGCCGCCCAGCAGCUCACGCCCUCUGGCCUCGGAGCAGUGCCGGGAUCGCUCGGGAGCAGCGGGGGCGGGAGGCCCGAGGCGACGGAGCGUGCAGCAGCCGCCUCCCCCUCCCCGCCGAGCCAGCAACAUGAAUUGAAACCCCGAGAGAGACGCAGAAGCAGAGGCAGCCAGCGGGAGAGGCGCGCGGGGCUUUGGCGGCGUCCCCUCCGCUGGCAGGCUCGGGCGCUGAGGCUGGGCUGCGAGAGGCUUUCCGGGUACGGGGCGAUUGGAAAACCUACUACAGCAAAAAGCAGCCUCGACCCUUCGCCCCAUCCCCCCAACGCCGGCUCCUCGGCUGCCCGGGAGGACAAGGGGAGUGGGUCCGCGCUUCUCCGCCCGCCAAAGGGGCGGCCGAGUCCCCGAUGGCUCUCAUCAUGGAACCCGUGAGUAAAUGGUCUCCGAGUCAAGUGGUGGACUGGAUGAAAGGUCUUGAUGAUUGCUUGCAGCAGUAUAUUAAGAACUUUGAGAGAGAGAAGAUUAGUGGGGAUCAGCUACUACGUAUUACUCACCAAGAACUGGAGGAUCUGGGAGUCACCCGAAUUGGCCACCAGGAGCUUAUCUUGGAAGCAGUUGACUUGCUCUGCGCAUUGAACUAUGGUUUGGAAACAGAAAAUCUAAAAACCCUUUCUCACAAGCUAAAUGCAUCCGCCAAAAAUCUGCAGAACUUUAUAACUGGGAGGAGGAGGAGUGGUCACUAUGAUGGCAGGACCAGCCGAAAAUUACCAAAUGACUUCCUGACCUCUGUGGUGGAUCUGAUUGGAGCAGCUAAAAGUCUGCUGGCUUGGUUGGACAGAUCACCUUUUGCUGCUGUGACAGAUUACUCAGUAACGAGAAAUAAUGUUAUACAGCUCUGCCUGGAAUUAACAACAAUUGUACAACAG